UUUAGCCAGGAAAAAGUUUUAACGGCGACCGGACAGAUUUUCCGUCCAGAAAUUGGGUCCGAUAUUUCCUAUAUAAACCCGUUCCUCCCUCUUACUUGCAUUCAUUCUCUUCGUUCGCUCGCUCUCUCGCUCUCUCGCUCAGGCUCUCUAAUCCCUCUCCAUCUCUGUCUCUGGAUUCGGAGUUCCUGAGAGUAAAUUGUUAUUUCCUUGGAUAAGAGGAAUUGCAAUGAAAACCUUUUGGCCAAUGAAGAUAAUAUGGAGUUUGGAUUGUCGUACAAAUAUGCCCUGAGACCUCUACUCUUCUGGAAGUCAAUUCUAAAGAUUUGGUGUCAAUCAUCUGUACUAUCGGCAUGUCAUGGACAUUUCUCUGUAAAAGAAAAUCAACAAAAGCAGUCCAUAGCCCUGGCUGGAAAUAGAGUUGAGCUUGUAUGCAUUUACAUAUGAGAUGGGGUGUCGAGGAAGACCACUCUUUGAUCUUAAUGAACCCCCUGCUGAAGAAGAUGAAGAGAAUGAUGGUGUCCUCUGUUUCCAGCCUCAAAAGGCAUUUCCAUCUUCAAAUCCUUGCAAGUCUGAUUUGUUUGCAUCAUCAGAGGGUUCUCAAAGAAUAGUAAAUAACCAUGCAUUCUCGCAUGCAUCAUCUGUUUCAGGCUUCCAACCAUUUGUUAGGCCUAAAGAUGUGCACAAUGCUGAAGAGUAUUUUAAACAGAAGGAAGAUAAUUUGGAUUACAAAGCUGCUCCAUCAUCUAAUACAAGUCACUCUGAGGAAAAUAAAGCAGUGGCACUACUGCAGCCUCUUGGCCUUGCUGAUGCUCCAGUUGUUGAAAGGGAAGAAGGGGAAUGGUCAGAUGCUGAAGGUUCUGCUGGUGCAUUUGACAGCACUACAGACAUCAGUAAGCAUGAACAACAAAUUAAUGAUAAUGGAUUAGCUACACAAAAGCAAGAAAUAGCUGAUAGAACUGAUCUUUCUACUUUGGCGAAGACUGUUGAAAAUAUCUCUUGUGAUUUUAGAGUUCCCGGGGGCACGAAGGAUGAUGUUACAGACGUCAAAAAGGAUGGGAUUCAUAGUCAGGCUUCUUCAGGAUUGGACCCAGAACCAUUUGAUGGGAUAUGCAGCAAUAGCCGACAUUCAGAGGGCAAUACAAAAGUAGAUGUAGCAAAUGAUGGACAGGAAGAGUCUUCAGUAGCUGUGACUAAAAGAGAAGUUAAAGGGGUUGAAGCAAUUCAUGCACUCAAAUGUGCAAAUAAUCCUGUGAAGAAGAAUAAGCUUGAUCAACACAAGGAGGCAAUGUUAGGAAAAAAACGUACUAGACAAACAAUGUUUCUUAAUUUGGAGGAUGUAAGGCAAGCUGGCCCCAUUAAAACUUCCACUCCAAGAAGGCAAACCUUUUCAGCACUCACAACUACUCGGACAGUGAAGGAAAUUCGUAAUACUCCCUCUCCAGCUGAAUGCAGUGGUGACAGGCAGGGGCAGUCCAUAGCCAAGGAUCCAAAACAGGGAGAUACAUUAUGUAAUGAAGGAGGCAUUCCAAUGGAAUAUAUUGACCAUAAAUCUGAAUCUAAUGGUGAUAUAAAUUCAGGACAUAGGUCUAAGAGGCUAAACAGCGGCAAUGACAACCAUGCAGAGAUGUAUCCACCGUUCAUUCCAAGACAAGGUUCAUGGAAGCAGCCUGCAGAUUCAAGGCAACUCAAGAAUGCACAGGUGCCAACUAGGAAACAACCUUUGGUCGUUCAAAACCCAAUGGAUAAAAAAUUGGGUAAUAAGAAACAUCUCCCUGUCAAAAAACAAACUACAAACAAUGUACAAUAUCAAGAUACAUCCGUUGAACGCCUUCUAAGGGAGGUGACCAAUGACAAGUUAUGGCAUCGUCCAGAGGAGACAGAACUUCAAUGUGUUCCAGGACGUUUUGAAUCUGUAGAAGAGUAUGUUAGAGUGUUUGAACCUUUGUUGUUUGAGGAAUGCCGGGCACAACUAUACAGCACUUGGGAGGAAUUUACUGAAAUGGUUUCAAGAGAUGCACAUGUGAUGGUUCGUAUAAAAAAUGUGGAAAGGCGAGAAAGAGGAUGGUAUGAUGUAAUAGUUCUUCCUAUGCAUGAAACCAAAUGGACGUUUAAGGAAGGUGAUGUUGCUGUUCUUUCAUCCCCAAGACCUGGAACAGCCAGAUCUAAGAGGAAAAGUUCUGUUGCAAGUGAGGAUGAUAUGGAGCCUGAGGUCAAUGGACGUGUUGCUGGUACUGUUAGGCGAUAUAUACCCAUUGAUAGUCGUGAUCCUCCAGGGGCCAUUCUUCACUUUUAUGUUGGGGAUACACAUGAUGCUAACAGCAAGGUUGAUGAUGAUCAUAUCUUGAGGAAAUUUCAACCCAAGGGCAUCUGGUAUCUUACUGUGCUUGGUUCCCUUGCAACUACUCAACGUGAAUAUAUUGCCCUGCAUGCAUUUCGUCGUCUCAAUUUGCAGAUGCAAACUGCAAUCCUCAAGCCAAGUCCAGAGUAUUUCCCUAAAUAUGAAGAACAACCUCCUGCUAUGCCUGAAUGCUUCACACAAAACUUUGUUGAGUAUCUGCACAGGACCUUUAAUGGCCCUCAAUUGGCUGCCAUUCAAUGGGCUGCGAUGCAUACAGCUGCUGGCACCAGUAGUGGGAUGACAAAGAGGCAAGAUCCUUGGCCUUUUACUCUUGUUCAAGGGCCUCCAGGAACAGGAAAAACUCACACGGUGUGGGGAAUGUUAAAUGUCAUCCAUCUUGUUCAGUAUCAACAUUAUUACACUGCCUUGCUUAAAAAAUUAGCUCCAGAAAGUUAUAAGCAAGCUAAUGAGGGCAAUUCUGAGAGUGUUAGCACAGGAUCUAUUGAUGAAGUUCUUCAGAGCAUGGAUCAGAAUCUCUUCCGCACUUUGCCAAAACUCUGCCCAAAACCUAGGAUGCUUGUAUGUGCUCCUUCAAAUGCAGCAACUGAUGAAUUGCUAGCACGUGUUCUUGACCGUGGAUUUAUUGAUGGUGAGAUGAAAGUCUACCGGCCUGAUGUGGCCCGAGUUGGUGUUGAUUCACAGACUCGUGCUGCACAAGCUGUUUCUGUUGAGCGAAGGACUGAGCAGAUUCUAGUCAAGAGCCGUGAGGAAAUUAUUGGUUGGAUGCACCAGUUGAAGCUUCGUGAGGCUCAGCUAUCACAACAGAUUGCUUGUCUUCAGAGGGAAUUAAACGCUGCAGCUGCAGCAGGACGUUCUCAAGGUUCUGUUGGUGUUGAUCCUGAUAUUCUUGUUGCUCGGGACCAUAAUCGUGACACAUUACUGCAAAGUCUAGCAGCAGUUGUAGAGGGAAGGGAUAAAAUUCUGGUGGAGAUGUCCCGCCUUCUCAUCUUGGAAGGUAGAUUUCGUGCAGGUAGCAGUUUCAAUAUGGAAGAAGCUCGUGCAAAUUUGGAAGCUAGUUUUGCCAAUGAAGCUGAGAUUGUUUUUACAACAGUGUCAAGUAGUGGUCGCAAGUUGUUUUCUCGUCUUACUCAUGGUUUUGAUAUGGUUGUUAUUGAUGAGGCAGCUCAGGCUAGUGAAGUUGCUAUUCUUCCUCCUCUUUCUCUUGGUGCAGCUCGCUGUGUUCUUGUUGGAGAUCCUCAGCAGCUUCCUGCAACAGUUAUUAGCAAGGCUGCUGGGACCUUGUUAUACAGUAGAAGUCUGUUUGAGAGGUUCCAGCAUGCUGGUUGUCGAACAAUGUUGUUGUCCGUGCAGUACAGGAUGCAUCCUCAAAUCCGGGAUUUCCCUUCCAGGUACUUUUACCAAGGACGUCUUACUGACAGUGAAAGUGUUGCCAAUCAACCUGAUGAGGUUUACUUCAAGGAUCCUUUAUUGAGAUCUUAUAUUUUCUAUGAUAUUACACAUGGGCGUGAAUCUCAUAGAGGUGGAUCAGUCUCUUACCAAAACAUUCACGAAGCACAAUUUUGUUUCCGCUUGUAUGAGCAUCUUCAGAAAACUUUGAAAUCCUUGGGAGUUGGGAAAGCCUCUGUUGGCAUAAUAACCCCUUACAAGCUGCAGUUAAAAUGCCUCCAACGUGAGUUUGAGGAGGUUUUGAAUUCAGAAGAAGGGAAAGACCUAUAUAUAAACACUGUAGAUGCAUUCCAAGGUCAAGAACGUGAUGUCAUAAUCAUGUCAUGUGUCCGGGCAUCAAAUCAUGGUGUGGGCUUUGUUGCUGAUAUUCGUCGGAUGAAUGUUGCUCUAACUCGUGCAAGGCGAGCAUUAUGGGUUAUGGGCAAUGCCAAUGCUCUGGUGCAAUCUGACGACUGGGCUGCAUUGAUCACUGAUGCGAAGGCAAGGAACUGUUAUGUUGACAUGGAUUCUCUACCCAAGGAAUUCCUGGUUCCAAAAGGCCCUGCAUAUACUCCAUUUAUGGGUAAAGCUUCCUCUAACACGAGGGGUUUGAGAACAUCUGGACCAAGGCAGAGACACAUGGACUUACAUCCUGAGUCUAAAUCAGGCACACCCUCAGAAGAAGACGAGAAGCUGAACAGUUUGCCAAUGACGAGGAAUGGAGCCUACCGAAACUUCAGGAUUCCAGAGAAUUCCUUGGAUGAUUUGGAUCAGUCAGGAGAUAAAUCUCGAGAUGCCUGGCAAUAUGGCAUCCAAAAGAAACAAAGUUCUGGGGUGCUGGGCAAGAGAGAUUCGUAAUGGGGCUAGCUGCAAUGAUGUCUACAGGUGUUUUUGGCGCCCAAGGGAGUUAGGGAAAGAUCACUUGACCUCAAUUUUCUUGGUGCUCCUUUGCUUGGGCUGGACAAUUGAGGAGAAUUUGCUCAUCUUCUGCCUUGUUCAGCAGCACAAGGCAUGAUGGAGGACAAGCCAGAUCAUGCUCAACACAGGCAACUUGAGUUAUACAAAAGAUCGAGUGGAUCAAGGGAAACAUGGAACCUGAAGAAUGAAAGUUGAAUUAUUGAGUGCUUUGUCAGAUCAAAAUGCUGCAGAUGUUGCAAGUUGAGAUUGGCUCAAAAUGAUCUGUUGGAUAAUAGUUCUGCAAGAAGCUUGGAGCUGUCUGGAAAUAGUUGAUAUUCCUUCCUGCAAGCAGUAAGAUGGGACUAAGCAAAGCCAUGUUGAUUGACUUGGAUUCUCAAGAUAAGGCUCAGCAAGGGGAUUUUGCUUCUUUCCUGGAUAACUUGCGGAGAAGUGGGAGUAGCGUGCACAGGCAAGCAGCCAGCCAGCCAGUUGGAGGAUCUGCAAGCUGAAGUAUGUUUGAAGCUAAACCAGCACAGUUUAUUUUUCUUUUUGUGGGGUGGUGGAGAGGGAGGGCUCUUGCAUCUGGAGGUGCUGACCCUUCAUGUUGGGUUGAACUUUUGACUCUCCCUUGUCAAUUUGUCAUAGCUUGCUGAUUGCAUGGAACUCGGAAUGCCGGAGUACAAGCGCAGUUGCAAGGCUGUGGGGUAUAUAUUCAAAUGUUUAAUCUUUCUAUUGUUGUUUGAAGAGAAAAUGUGGAUGGCAACCCCAAGGUAUAUACUGAAUUAAAAUUAUUAUCUAUAUAAAAAGAACGAGUUACAGGAUCCAUACAAGAAUCAAUCUAACGUGAGAAGUAGUUGGGAAUUGGGAUGUCACCUUUACCUUUUGUAACUGUACAUUAUUAAUCUUUGUAAUAAUAUAAUUCUUUUUCAUCUUACCAUUUCAACCUGCAAUGACACGGAAUGAUGGGGAACGAGCCCCAAUAUUUCUAGCAAGUUGUUUGCCCGUAUUGCAGGUGGUUCUUCUGACGAGAUGAGAACUUGAGAAGAAUUUAAAAGCACAAGAAAAGGUUGACCUUGUAAAUGCUUUAGAUCAGCUGGAAGGGAUCCUGUAACCUAUGGUUUUCAUGGGACGAGGGGUAAGGGCUCUGUCACAAUCGGAUUUGACUAUUACCUCCUCACUUGUGCAACAGUGAAAGUUCCUGUCCAAGGAUAUAAAGGUUCUUUCUUAUUUAUCGCUGAGGUGGAUUUCUUUGGACAUUGUUAUGUACGAUUUGAAGCUCCAUAUUGCAUUUUUUUUUUGUCACGGCUUCUAAAAUGGUGUGAUACAGACAAUUUUGGGGAUGUAUCAUGAAUGGCUUCAGGUCAGCAGCAGGCUAACAAUCUGACAUAUUAGUAACUCG